AAAACACAUAACCUCACAAAGUGCAUUCUUUCAUAAAAUUUUUAAUGAUUUUUAUGAGAUUUUUAAUAAAGUAAAAAAUGGGUGAAUUUGAAUGGCCGUGGGAGUACAAUUUUCCACCUUUCUUCACAAUUCAACCCCAUGACAAAACCAGGGAGCAUCAGCUGAAGGUCUGGAAGGAUUUAAUUUUGAGCUAUCAGAAACAUCGGAAGGAAGCUAUUUUAACAGUAAAUACCAACAGCCCACUAUUCUGUAAUGAUGCGAUUAAACGACAGCUUAGUCCGGAUGCACGAUUGCAAGUCAUGGAGGAGCUUCAAAAGUCCGGGAAUGCCGCUCCUCUGGGGAAUAAAGUUCAAUGGGAAAUCUAUUGGUACACACUGGAUGAGUGGGCUGAUAAAAUUUACACCUGGGUGACUAACUGUGGCCUCAACAAUACCGUCUGUACGCUGUAUGAGUUGACAAGUGGAGACAAUUCAACGAGUGAAGAGUUUUAUGGUCUCGAUGAGGGAGUCCUGCGGAAAGCCCUCGGGAAGCUUCAGGAAAAGAGGAAAUGUGAACUGUUUGACGAUGAAUCAGGAGGUGUUAAAUUCUUCUAAAAUACUGCCAAUCCUGCGGCUGGAGCUGCAGGAAGAGAUUCGAAGGAAUGAUUCAAGGAACAACAGAGUUAAAGAGAAACUAGAACAGCGAUAAAGAAUAUCCUGGAAUGGAGAUUAAAGGGGUAAGAUUAAGGAUAAAAUUGUAAAGCAUUUGAAAGUAUAACAAAAAAGGUAUUCAAAUCCUUGUAAAAAGUAUCUUAUAUUCCGAAAUAAUAUAAAUUAUAUACAAA